AUGACUUCUCCAAAGAUACGAGGUCUUGUCCAAACUUGGAGCAAAAGGACUGGGAUGACCAACCCGAAAGAAGCAUUGAUUAAAAUGGUGAAAGGAGAGAAAGAAAGUAGACUGGUGGUCAUUUUCAACUCUGGAAGACAAGUAAAGGUUUUCCAGCUAAGUAAUAAUACUAUAAGAAUGGACCUUAGGCACUCCGGAGAAGAACAAAGUAGCCUGCAUUUAACUAUCCAAAACAAUUGCUCCUUGUUCAUUGACAAAUUAUCCUGUAGAGAUGCUGAGAAGUUGAAGAAGUUUCUGGACAGAGUCCACCAAAAGAUAUCUCAACCACCCAUGAAACCUGGCCAUAAAUGGAGUAUCCUUGGUGGCGGGAAAACACAGGAGCAAAGCGACAAAAUCCCCUUUCACAAAGUUUGUGACAGGCCAAGUAAUGGAUCCUUUAGUCUAGAAAAUGGAAGUGGAACAUCUGUUCUUCAAGAAAUGCCUUCGUUAAUGUCCAAAUCAUCGACACUUGUUGGGACAGGUUUAUUAGAAAAUCCAGGUGGCAAGAGGAAAAGAAUGCCGUCAUCUGACCUAGAAAUGCAUGAGGACUUCCUGAAAAAGAAUAACCCUGUACUAAACAAGAAAUCCAAGACAGACCCCUUGAAAUGUGUCAGCAGCAACAGGAAAGAACCAUUGAGUUUAGAAAAUCAAGAAAAGUAUAUUAAAUCGGAACUUGAACCUUCAUUCUACACCAGCUCUACCGGAAACCCUAACCUAGAUGAAAAUAUUCUUUUAACUCAGCAUCUCUCUGCUGAAGGAAGUUUGGCACUUUCAUCAGAACCAAAUUGUAGGCAGAAUGAGCCAGGACGGAAUGAAUCUCAGGUGCCCUCUAACUCUUACCCAGAGCAACAAUGGCGGGGCUUCCCCAAUUUGGGAAAUACCUGUUAUAUGAAUGCAAUUUUACAGUCACUAUUUGCAGUUCCAUCAUUUGCUGAUGACUUACUCAACCAAGGAAUCCCCUGGGAGAAAAUUCCCUUAGAUGCUCUUAUCAUGUGCUUCAGCCAGCUGCUUGUUUUGAAAGAUCUUUGUAACACAGAGACGAAGAGAGAGUUACUCGUCAAUAUUAAAAACUCCAUUUCCUCGGUUGCAACCAUAUUCUCCGGCAACAUGCAGAAUGAUGCUCAUGAGUUUUUAAGCCAGUGUUUAGAUCAGAUGAAAGAGGACAUGGAAAAACUAAACAUCACUUAUAAGACAAGGAGGGAAACUGGUGAAGAAAUUUCCCACCCACAGAUUUCUGCUGCUAAUGCUUCCACCAAAGUGUUUGUUUGUCCUGUGGUCGCAAAUUUUGAGUUUGAGUUACAGCGCUCCAUCAUCUGUAAAGCCUGUGGUGAGGUAGUUUACAAGACAGAACUGAGCAAUUAUCUCUCCAUCAACCUUUCCCAAGAAACACAAUCACUCCCUUCGUCUAUUCAAUAUUCUUUUGAUCUUUUUUUUAGAGCAGAAGAAAUUGAAUAUAACUGUGAGAAGUGCAGGCACAAGAGUUCUGUUGCAAUGCACAAAUUCAGUAGGCUACCCAGGAUCCUUAUUGUUCAUCUGAAGCGCUAUAGCUUUAAUGAUUUUUGGUUUUUGGUGAAGGAUCAUCAGCAAGUUGGUAUUCCCAUAUAUUUAAGCUUAUCCCCCCAUUGCAAUGAAAAUACCAAACCACCUGUUCCCUUGGGCGGUAAUGCACAUAUUGAGGACCCUCAAGUCCUUAAAGUCUCUCAAGACAUGAUUUCUGGGACAAUCAACUCAUGGACACCUCCAAUGACAUCGACCUCGGCGUCCAAGGAUUUCCUGGUUCCACGCAUUGGAUCAGACAAGGAUGCUGAACCACAAAAAUGCCAGAGACUCUCUGAAGGGUCAAGCCAAGAACAGCAGCAGAGAGAUCCAGAAAACAGCUCCAAACUAAAUAUAACAGAGUCCAUAUUGGUCAACUCAAGGGAUGGGCCAGCCAGUGAGACGGAGCGGCCAGCAGCUGACUCAGUGAUUUAUUGGGAAGACACCUCUCUUUCAGUGAUCUGUGAACAUGGAGGUAAACUCAUCAGCAGCCCAGUAGCAGGUCUCGUAGAGGCUCGUCUUCAAGAGGUGCCUGAAAGCCCAGCAUUUAAGACACACCAGACAACAAAAGCAUCUGUAAAGAUAGAUUCUGACAGUGUCACUCAGUCUACUGAAGAUUUUUAUGAGGAUAAAGAAAACAAGAUUCCAGAAGGAUCUCAAGGAGUGGUUGAGCAGCUCCAAAGGGCACUGCUUCAAAGCCUCAGGAAGCCUGACACCCAGGAACACACAGACGAAGACCUCAGUAGAUCUACAGAGUUAAGUUUGCUGGAGGAUAGCCUGAAUUCCCUCAGAGCAUUGGGUUCUGGUGAGAACCCUGGAAACAAAGGCAUCUUAGGUAUGGAGAACACAGAAGCUAAGGCUGAGGAACCAAACAGAAAUGCCGCAACAGGGGAUCCUCGUCAUGCCUACAGGCUUAUCAGUGUUGUCAGCCAUGUUGGGAGCUCCCCAUACUCAGGUCACUACAUCAGUGACGUCUAUGACUUUGCAAAGAAGGCCUGGUUCAUGUACGAUGAUCUCAAAGCCUUGCAGAUCCAAGAGGCCAGUAUGCAGAAGGAUAGGUGUUGCAACGGGUACAUCUUCUUCUACAUGCACGAUGACAUCUUCAAGGCACUGUUGAGAAAGGCAGAGACUUCCUAG